GUGUGGGGAUGUCGGCAAACGUGUGACACAGGCUUCGGAACAGCCCGCGGCUGUCUGGGGGGAAGCCACCGGCAAGAUAAGGGCUUCAGUGUUGGAACACCGUCCUUGGAAAGCUGCGGGAGAUUCAGGGUUUGUGGCACAGUAUGGAUCUGACAUCAUCACAGCAUAGCCAUCCACAAAAUAAAUGGGUCAGAGAAUCUGAAAGACAAGAAGGGGAAAAAGAAGAUGAACAGAUAGUUGCAGAAAUCAUGGGGAGGCGUUUUUUUCCUGAUCUGAUAGCUUAUAAGACCUGGGAAGGCUUUCACUUUGCCGGCCAUGAGAUAAGAAUUACAGAAGCCACUGAUUGUUAUGGGGCAGUCGUCUGGCCAUCGGCUCUUGUUCUAUGUUAUUUUUUGGAAACUAAUUCUAAACAGUGCAAUUUGGUUGACAAAAAUGUGAUUGAAAUUGGAGCCGGAACUGGCUUGGUCUCCAUAGUAGCCAGCUUGUUGGGUGCCUUUGUGACUGCCACAGAUUUGCCAGAACUACUGGGAAACCUUCAGCACAACGUUCUCCAAAACACAAAGCAGAAAUGCAAGCACCAGCCUUGUGUUAAGGAGUUGUCUUGGGGAAUUGAUCUGGAAAAGAACUUUCCUAGGUCUUCCUGUCACUUUGACUACAUUAUGGCUGCCGAUGUAGUUUACCACCAUCCAUUCCUGGACGAGCUCCUCCUAACUUUUGAUCACUUGUGCAAGAAUGAUACUGUUAUUCUGUGGGCCAUGAAAUUUAGGUUGGAGAAUGAGAACCGAUUUGUGGACAGAUUUCAGACACUGUUUGACUUAGAGAUUAUUUCUAAUUUUCCCAGUUUGAACAUCGUCUUGUAUAAAGCAAUGAGGAAAGGCAGGAUGAAUCCAGAUCUUCCAAACUGAAAAUCUGAAAGAGAGAUACAGGGAGGUGACAGUUUCAGCUGUUCUGCAGCUUUUUCUCUCUUUAAUAAUUUCUAUUUUAGUAUCUGCUGACACUUACAUGAAUGACAUUUCUAGAGAAGGUAAAACAAAUCAUCAAAUUCUUAGUGCAUUCCUAUAAAUUCCUAAAUUCAAUUUGCCAAUAGUGUUAUACACAGAAGAGAUAUACCUACGACAUUGUCUUGACUUUUACGUGCCAAGCUGGCAACUUUAGUAACUUCUACAAGUCUUACCAUUAUUGUUGUGGGUAAUAUAAUGAAUAUUUCCAAAAGUUUUCAAUUACAGCUUUGAAUAGUCUCUUAUAAAUUCAAACAAUUAUUUAAAACUUUAGACUAUAAAUAUUUGUAUUUAAAAGUUUUGGUGUUAAACCUGAUAUUUCCCCAUUCUCACUAUCAUGUUAAUCCUUCCUUUGAUACUCUUAGUAGGAUAUUAAAGUAGCUGAAAAAACAUCACCACCUGGAAAACACACUUUUGUGAUAAAGGCAUAGAAUACAUUAGUUAGUCUUAAUGUAAUGAUUAUGCUUUCAUUUUUUAUUUAAAUUUAGGGGUUCUUCAACACACAACCACACACAUGAGGCAAGAGGGAAUUAAAUGUUUUGUAGCUUGCACAAAGGUCUUGUAUUAGAAGCAUACAGCAUAUCACCAGCUGCCCUUUACAAAUACUUUAAUUUCUUGGUCUGAAAGUCUGCUUCUCCAAAAAUAGAAUGUUAUCUGAACCUGAGAGACCAACAAUGGAAAAAAGGACCAUGGCCAUCAAGAGAGGACCUUUGCACUGCUGGCUGCUGAUGGCUGGAGGCAGAAAAUGAAACCAGACUGUCAUGGUGUGGCUGAGGCAGGGAUAGACUUCGAUAUUUUUUUGUUUUUUUUCAGUAAGGGCAAACAAAACACCUUCCUCCUAGCUACUCAGUACUGCAUGCUUCUGUUUUCAGUGGCCUAUC